CUCGAAAACGUGGCGCGCGUGCACCGGGGCGCACCCAAAUUGGAACAAGAUUCGCAGGGGUCGGACGGCGGAUCCAGCGCUCCGUUCCACCGACGCGAUCCAGGCAGCGAACCCGACGCGGUAGUCGAGAAGCAGGCCCCGCCCUCUCCUCCGAGACCGCUACCGGGCGUCCUGCCGCUGGAUACCCGCGCAAGCCCACGAAAAAGAUCGCGGGAGCGGCUAGGUGAACCGUAGUAACCGAGGCGCAAGAUUAUCCCAGGCCCGACCAUGCAGAGCCAGAUGGGCGCCCAGCAGGGCGGAGCGCCUUCGGGAUCGCCGCCACCCACCUCCGGAAGCGUGUCGUUCGGCCGCACCCCUUCCACCACCGUCAUCCUGAACCUGAGCCGGGAGAAGUUGAACCGGGGCGGGGCCCGGCCCAUCUUCCCGUCGGUCAGCGCGCUGCCGGCGCUGCAGAACAUGCAACGCAUGCAGCAGCAGGGCAUGCUCGGCAUGGGACAGCAGCAGCCGAACCUAGGCCAGCUGCUUCAGCAGUCCGGAGGUCUCGGCGGACAGCAGGGCUCUCUGGGCGGCAUGCUUUCGGGAAUGCAGGGAUCGCUGGGCGGCCUCCAGGGUCUUCAAGGGCUCCAGCAACCCAUGAGCGGCAUGCAACAGAGCGCACCUAGCCUCAUGGGACAAGCCACGAUAGGAAUGCCUCCCGGGAACAUGUCCUUCGGCCUUAAUCUCGGCAUGGGAUUGCAACAGCCGCAGCAGCAACAGCAGCAGCAGCAGCAACAGCAGCAGUACAGCAACCUUCUGGCGCAGCAACAGGCAGCCGCCAACCUGCUGGGCGGUCAGCGGUCCAACAUGCUGGGCGGUCAGCAGUCCAACAUGCUCGGCCAGCAGUCGAACUUGCUCGGUCAGCAGUCCAGCUUGCUGGCCGCUCUGCAGAAUCAGCAGCAGAGCCGCAUGCUGGCACAGCAGGGCUCGGGCCAGCUGCUGGGCAUGGGUCAGCCGGGCGGUUCCAACCAGAUGGGCAUGAUGAACACGCUGACCGGAUCGGUGUCGUCCAAUCCGCAGAUAGGAAUGCUCAGCGCCAACCUCAUGUCCAGCAGCCCUCAAGUUUCGCAGCAAAAGUCACAGAGCGCCUUCAACGCGCUGAUGCCGGCGUCGCGUGCGUCGAAGCCCAUGCUGCAGGCCAUGGAGACACUUCAGGGUGGGACGCCGGGCGUCCAGGGCAUCUCGGGCCCGCCCGCGCUGGUCGGCACGCCGGCGCCCAUCGUCAUGUCGCAACCAAUCACCAGUGCCGGGCUGGCCCCGCAGAUGCAGCACCUGCUGCUCAAGGGCCUGCCCGGUUACACUUCCACGCUGGUCCUCAUCCUGGUGCCCCAAGAUUAGUGAAGCGAUCCGCCGUCCGCCGCGCGCCUCCCCAAACGUCCUGCCGACCAGCGGAAAAUAAAUUCUCGCACGAAGU